AUGCAGGCACCGCUACCGCAGCAGACGGUGUCGAACCUCAAAUCUAUCCACCUCUUACGCGCCCUCCUCCGCGAAGCCUCGUACCUGCCUGAUGCGAACGCCCGUCAGUACUUCCGCCGCUACAUCGUAAACCGCUUCAGAGCCUACCAGCCCGCCCAUAAUGCCUCGCCUUCGUUCCAUGCGAAGGCCGUGGAGAAGGAACGCCACGGCUUCGGCAAGCGAAGAGACAUCUCUAUCAUCCAGGACCGCACACGCGAAAUGCAGCAUAGAGGCAAGAAGGGGCUAAACUACCUGCGGCGCGCCAACAAUGGAGAGUAUCUCUGCCUCCAGAAGAUACUUUACUUUACCUAUGGGCGCAUAGGCGAGCGCAAAUACGCGCUGUUGGAACAUCUCUUGCGUCCAGAUGACCCUCCAGCAGUGGAAGAGUCUUCGCCAUUGCAGAAGCUCUAUUACAGCAAUGAGCGAUAUCUCUCUUUCUUCGACGCUCCGAAGAAAGCGAGCCCCACGCAUCACAACAUCCAGAUCUCGGACCGCUAUCGCAGAUUGAAAACCGCAAUCAAGUCUCAAGUCCAGAACGAGAUCGCACUGGGACGCGAGAUCAAGCGGCCGCAUCUCCACACGCCCAUUAAUAACGUAUGGGAGCGUCCGAUGCCUAUCAGACGAGCUCGAAACAACGUCAGGAGAUGGUACGCCGAAACCAUGACGCGAUUCCUCCCACCGUUACCCGCCGAGGAGUUCGAUCAAAUACAAGCCAUGGCGCAUGGAAAAGAAAAGAUCAGCCUGGUCAAACGCCGUUCGCCAGCGAUUGAGCUCCAUCCUUCAAAGGAGCUACCAGAGGCAGAUCGAUUCGCGAAGCGGGUGCAGGACGCUCUCAUUCUAGAGAAACCAAGCAAGGCCGAUGCAUGCAUCCGUCCGCGUCGUAUAGAUGCGCGCUUUAUGAGACGCAUGUAUGCCGCAAUUCUGACGUACAGCAGUAAGCUGGAGUGGAACGAUCGAUACAAGAAAUGGGAGUCGGUAUGGGGUAAUCGACUGAACGAGAUGAACUCCGAGUUAAACUCCGAAGCGCACCAUGAUGAUCUCUUUGCUGGAGUAGACGAGAAAGGCAAUCUCCUCAAACAACGUGAUUCUUCACUCGCCAAGGAGGAAGAAGACGUGAAGCAAUUCCUCAACUCCAGCCUCGCAGACUACCAGAAAGCGAAAGGCAAGAAAGAAAAGUAUACUGUCGUGCCAUUUUAUGUCGACUUUCUACCGCCAGAUCACCCCGUUCGAAUAGCAACAAAGAAGAUCUGGGCCAAGGACAGGAUCCAUUCGGCAAGUGGGGCUAGUACCCCUCGCAAAACGGACGUAAACAACAGAUCGAUCAGAACGUAG